AAAUUCGCGUAACAGUAAGUUCGUGAGCUUGCAGGGCGGCCCACGCCAAUAUCGGCAUCCACACCUCGCCCGUAAUCAAAUUUAGGGAGGAAAACGUGCGGCAACGAAACGCGAAUCAACGUCACACGGGGAGCUGCAGGUCGAUGCGGUACAAAUAUAGAGAGGGCAGUGACUCGAAGCCGCAGUGCUUUUCGAUCGGAGCUUCUUUAUUUCCUUUUUUUCCACCCUCGAUGAAUUUUGACUUAUCGCUGUACCCUCAAUUUUUUUGCAAGGGCUUCACGGGUGUUUUUUUUUUCUUCUUCGGGUCGUUCGAAUUCGUUAAAAUAAAUCUUCAACUUUGUUUCAAAUGUCUUUGAAAGUUUUUAUUCGGAGAGCAGUACACACUUGUUGACAAGAGCAAUUAUACAUCGAUGAAGAGCGCACAACGAUUAUUGACGUGAAAAGUUAAUAAACGAAUUGUCCGGCGCUGAUGUUCGUCUGAAAAAAUCUCAAAGUGCAGUUUCGUAUCAAAGAUUCCAUAAUAACAGUCGAUGAUCCCAUUAUGCGACUGAUUUUAUUACUGGAACAAGAUACUAUACGAUAUCACACCUUCUUCGUACAUCGCAAAAGUGACAAUAAAUAGAUGAACGGAGAUUUUUCCGAGUCGUGAAUCCUCGGCGUCUCGAGAUUUUUAAUGAAAACGAAGGCCGUAGUGAAUCGUGACUCACGAUCAGAUGCACAUCGAGAACCCACCAGACCCAAGAGGCUCGUGACCGGAGACGUCAAGGUCCGACAAAUAUCCAGGAUCUUGACUCGUUGAAGUCCAUAACACCGGGGGAUGCACGGAUACUCCGCUUUACUGAGGUACGAAACUUUGACGACUUACCGUAAUUGAUUAUCACCGUAGAAUCUCGUACCACUGCACGGUCAAAAUCGCGGACUUGGAUGAAUCGGAGGACGAAAUCGACGAUUUGACUCUCUUUGAACGAGUUGGAAUUUAACAUUCAAGUCGAAGCAUACUCUCCAAUGAUUCUUUCGGUAUUCAGCAGUGUUGAGAGACGGCAAAUGAAUUUCGAGUUUUCUUUCUGGUCUGGCACAGUCUCGAUGUACGGAGCUUAUGGCUAUAAAUUAAUCGGCUACUUUCAUCACGUUGUUAGAUAUACGAUCUACAGAUCUUCACUUACUAGCGUCUGCUGCCUCGAUUUUGCAGCGUCUGUACCAACAGCAGCAGCAGCAGCAGCAGCCGAGUGACUCAAGUCUCAAGUCUCGACAAAGGAAAAUAAACACCGCGAACAACGGCCUCGAGGAACUCGGCCUGUUGACCUCCACCUGGGCGCCACGAGUGAUUCUGCAAAGAUGAGUGCCUCGCUGGCUAGUAGACCUGCCACUCUGCUAGGAACGCGGUCGUCUCAAACUCAGCAAUCGACUGCGACGCAGACGACAUCGACGACGAUAACUUCGACGAACGCUUUGGAACAAACUCCCCUCGUCGUUCAACCGCCGUUACAGCAUCCCCUGCAACGACAACCACCGGCCGCGCAUCAGCAAAUCGCACCGAGUGAAAGCAGAAGAUUCAACCAGUCCUUCAAAAGACCCGCUGCUGAGGUGACUGUACCGGAGGAACCGCCGCUCAAACGACCCGCUCUUCCCGACCAAGCAACAACUCAAACGUCCGCAACCGAAACAUCGCCACCAGACGGAGAAAUAAAACUAGGAGACCAAACGACGCCAGAGAUGCCAGCCCUGACGCGUGCCCGUACUACUGCAACCGCAACCCUCCCCCGGGUGCAUCGGCUCACCUUCCGAACCGUCUCCGCAGCGGGUCUAGAUAUAACCCGACUCGGUGACGUCAGGGCAAUGACGACCCUGGUAUGCUGCGAAGUGUCUGCUGGGCGGCCGCGCGACGGUCUCAAACUCGCUCUGAACAGGAGUCUGAGUGAACCAGGUCCGCCGACGGACCACCUCGCGACGUCGACGUCGCUCUAUCCGACGUCGUUAACUUCACCCUGCGGUCCGCCGAAGCGGUGCAAAAUGGAAACGGUCAGCCUCCCGACGAGCCCCUGCGCGGAGAGCGGCACCCUCCAGCGUUCCCUCGUUCUUCAGCACGCCGUAGCCCUCAGUCCUGGUGAAUUGGCGCGUCGUCUGGAACGUCAGGGUCCCGGAGUGCCGCCGGGCGCUGGAAUCGUGCUGCUCGACUGCCGACCGUUUAUCGCCUUUAACGUGAACCACAUUCGCGGCGCCAUAAACAUCAACUGUUCCGACCGUUUCAACCGACGUCGUCUUCAGCAGGGAAAAGCCUCCCUGGCCGAUCUCGCUACCACCCGCGACGGGAAGGAACUGCUGAGGAAAAGGUGCUUCAAGGAGGUCGUCGUUUACGACGAUUCCACCGCCGAUCUGGAGCAUCUUCCCGUACAGCAUCCUCUGUUUCUCGUGCUCACGUCCCUCGUCGAGGAUAAUCGUGAACCGGCUCUCCUGCUCGGUGGUCACAAAGAGUUCCACAGACGGCACAGAGAAUUUUGCGAGGAUACGUUACUACCGCCGAGCGGAUCCGCCGCCGGUCCUUCGUCGGUGAGCGGAUGUCUCAGCCCUGGACCGGGAUGCCCGAUAUUGGGUGGACCUCCGACGCCGCAGCCCGCCGAUAUCGACAAUCACCCGGCGUCCAGAGUGCUGCCAUUUUUGUACCUUGGGAACGGUAGGGAUGCCGCCGAUCUCCAACUUCUCCGGGCCCUAGGCGCCACCCGCGUUCUCAACGUUACCUCCCAACUUCCCGGAUACCACGAAGAACGCGGUAUCACCUAUCGCCAGAUACCCGCCUCAGAUUCUGGUCAUCAAAAUCUGAAACAGUACUUCGAGGAAGCCUACGACUUCAUCGAAGAAGCCCGUAAAGCCGGAAGCAGCGUACUCGUGCAUUGCCAAGCUGGUGUGUCGAGGAGUGCGACGAUAGCGAUAGCCUACAUAAUGCGUCACAAGCAACUCUCGAUGGUCGAAGCAUACAAAUUGGUGAAACUGGCGCGGCCUAUAAUAAGCCCGAACCUUAACUUUAUGGGGCAGUUACUUGAGCUGGAACAAGGCCUUCGAGCCGCCGAUGGAAUCUGUGCGCCACAAGAAGAGCCUAAAAGCUGUCAUCAGUGCAGGUGGAGUCACCAGCAGAACAGCGAAGAAGUUACGUCCGGUUGCAGCGUAUGAGAUUAUACGCGUAUCGCGAUAUUUUCGAUCGAAGCUGCACCUCACUUCUAUUUUUUUUUUAUUAUUUUUUUUUCUUUUGAACAAAGCUACACAAGGCCGCUUACGAUGAGAGACGAGAGGUUUGAAUUGGGUCAGGAAUAGACUGUAACGGAGAGAUAGAUGAAGAGAAGAUGAAAUGAAAGGGACGAAAUAGACGGAGAGAAAUGUGAGAAGAGGAUCGAAGAAAAUAGAAGAAUGGAAUAGAGAGAAAUAAGAGAAGUGCGUCUACUCUACCUUACUACAUAUCUACGAAUGGCGUAUACUAAAAUAAACGUCGGAUCUUGAGCUAAAUGUGCCUUGUUCGCCUCAGAACCGAAAGGCUGAUCACUAUUAAUUUAUUAGCGACGAUAGCGAGCGGUGAGGACAAUAUAGAAGAUAAAGAGAGAAUGAGAAAGAGACGCGCUUGCCCGCGAUUAACGAGAAGCGUUAUAUUAUUGUAAUUUAUUAAAUGAGAUAAUAUAGACGAUAAAAAUAAUAAAAAUCGUAACGCGAUAUCAACUGGAAUAUUUUUUAAUAAAAUUAAAAAAACGAAAACAAACAAAAAAAAAAAAAAAAAUCGAUAAAUCGUACGAGGUAUGGAAACGAAGAGACGCCACCAGAUAGAAGAUGAAAUACUAUAUGUAAAAUUAAGAAAAGCCAAGACGGUGCAAAGCGCGUGUGUCUCGUUCAUAAAUCGAAACGCCAACUAUGUGCGUCGUUCAUUCGGCCAGAUCGGAGAGCGAGAGUAAAGACAAAAACCAAACGAUUUCGAUUUGAAUUUGUCUAAUUCGAUAGCUUUUUUUCGAAUUUGGUGAGGUCACGUCUCGACUCUCGCUGCUCGAGGAAGACACACCACGGUAUUAAUAAAUGAUGAGGUAGUCAAAAAAGCAGAGGUACUUAUUAAAUUACGACAUACACAACGCAGAAGUUCGGAAAUUUCGAAUUGAAUAACUGACGAUCGUCUAUCAUGCCAUAUAAAUAAAGAAGAAACAAAAAAAAAAAACAAGUCUUCGUGAUCUCAGAUUUUUUCAAACAUUCUAAACGUAUAUGGUAAACUUAAACUUUAUUCGACUGACCUUCGAUGCGAUGUAAAAGACUGCAGGGUAUUCUUUGCGAUAUAAAAUGUUAUGAAAAACGCUUUGUAAAUAGGAGAAAAAAAGUAAGAAAACAUAAUUGAAUCUGCGACCGUAUGGCACCGAUUGGCUAUAACGAUAAGACGGAAACUGUAAACUCUGAGCAAAUCGUUGAAAAGAUAACUGAGAGUCUUGAAAACAUAUUAACAAAAUGCAAUGAGUAUUUCGAAUAGGGCCUAAAAUUUUCUCAACGAAAAAACAAACUAUCAUUGACAAAGAAAAAAUAAAAAUAACUCAAGACUAUCGGGAAAUCUCAUUACGUGCUUGCUCGUUGAAAAAAGAUGGUCAGCAGUGUAUAAUGUAGUCGUAAAGUUGGCAUCUACGUUGAUGAAUAGAGAUCAGAGAACACUGACACUGCAUCUGUAUUUUUUAUGUAUAGCGUAUUUAGAUAUAUACGAUAAUAUUUUAGUCAGGUGAAUAAUAUACGAUAAUAUAAGAUAUCAGGUAUAAUAUAUCGAUAUAUAAAAUUUCGGUUAUCAUUUUAAAGUAAGAUGAAAUAAAAUAAAAUGAUGGAAAAAUAUGAAAUAAAACAAAACAAAACAAAACAAAACAAAAAAAAAAGAAAUCAAUGAAAUUCUGGUUGUCACGAUUGACGAAUGAGCGAAAAAAAAUAUAUGAAAUGAAUAACUUAGUCAUGAUCGUGACUGCCCGCCCCUUAUCUAGUCGUUUAGUUUGUUGGGACUAAUUGGAGUGUAAAUAUAAUAAAUAUAAUACGGUUAAUUAUAUACUACGAGUAGUACGCGAGUGAAAAACGCAUGUGAACUGUUUAUGAGAGUUAUUAUUGAAUGGAAGUUGAUAAAUAGCAUAAAAAGGCUGUGCGUGAAUAUUAUAAAGCGGAAAGAGAGUUUUACGAUCGCUGAUGCUGCAGCGAAUUUCUCAAACACCGUUUGCUAAAAAUGCCACCUAUCUCGAUUGAAAAACAAAAAUCAGAAAUAAAAACAAAAUAAAAAAAAAAAAAAAAAAGCUCACACACAUUACUUACUGGAACACCAGCCACAGCACGUUGAACUUUUAGAUUUCAAACAGUGCGAACAAACGGCCCCUUGUCAACCUGCCAAAUAUAUAAACGCUGAAUAAUAAACGGUUGAAAUUUUGGUAGCUACGCAUCGGCGCUGCAGCAGACGAGGCAUAGACAAUAUACAUAGAAAUAUUAGCUGCUCCAUUAUCCUAAUCACGUAUCGUUUUCGCCACGAUCUUACAUAUCACUUAUGAAAAUUCAACUUAUGUCAUACGUAUGGUUCUUUUUUUUUUUUCAUUUUUUUUUUUUUUGCACAUAUUCCAACGCCUCGCGGCGUUGUAGAAUUUGUCUUUGCAAAAGUCCUGGUUUGUUUGUCGUGUCAUUAGUAUCGUGCCUGACAUUUAAUUUUAUUUAUAAAAUAUACAUGUUUUUUUUUUUCUUUCUUUCUCUUUUCUUAUUCUGGUGGGAAAAUGCGCGGGGCCAGUCGUCUCUAGGGGGGGUAGGAGGGGGGGGCAAGAUACAGUGUUUGUUCUCUGUAUCGCAAUGGGGAACGCGUCGUUCCCCCUUGGUAUAAAACCUAAUCCAGUUGAACGGAGAAAAUUAAUUCUAAGCACUGCAGGUUGAUAUAUACAUGGGUAUAUUUGUACGUCAGUUAGUCUGCACCCCGCUGAUCGGAUCGGAUCCCAACGAUUUUGUAACAUAGUUAUAUUAUAAGAGUAACCUUGUAUAAUCAGUUAUACACUAUACUAUAAGCAUUGUAUUAUAUCAAAAUUUAUUUAGUUAUUUUAUGAAUAAAAAUGCAAUCUCUAUAUAUUGAAAA